AUGGCCUACGACACACGUCUUUGGCUUGAUUGCCCUGUAUCGCGAGCCACGACAACAAGUACUCCUGUUGCGACUACGAUUACAAAAGCAACAGAAUAUCACUUGGCAAAUAUUCCGACGAUAAUACCAAGAAAUACUGUCUUUGACUUCCCUAUAGCAGCUUAUAUCAACACUGCCGGGCCAAUUUUGGAACAAAAGACAGCCAAACAACGCUGUUUGAGGAGGAGAGAACGCAAGACGAGCGGUAUGAAAGGCGAGACCAAACAAGUAACAAUCACUACCAUCACUUGGACAAGAAGCGACUCGGACGAUGACGCAGCUGUCCAAAUUAGUGCAGCCCAAGCAGGGUCGGGAGUGUACAUUUCAUUGACCCCGCUGACGGUCCGUGGCAAACUCGCUACAGCCAGGAUUAGAGGUAGAGGGAGAUGGCUUAGGAUGUGUCUUUCCAUGGUGUCUGGAGACGACGCAUCUGGGAUUCUGCUUGGAGAUCCCUCAACUCGAACCAUGACAGCACCAAUACAAGAUCACUUUGAAGCAACCAUGCUCAUGGACCUGUUGGGCUAUCAGGUGGGUCGGAUGCCCGAUGAAUCAGCCACUUGGAUCCCAUGGCACAAGGCAAGUGCCUGGGACACAGACAAGGCUCUGGUUCCACUAGCCACUUCGGCUACACCGCCCCCAGACUGUCAGUACAUUAACCCCUCUCAGCUUCUGCAGGGCACUGUGUAUCCUUAUCCAUCGGUCGGCGGUGUGCCGAUACAGCAUGCGUGCGUGACUGGAAAUCUCUCCCAGCAAAGGGAACAUAAGCAGAAUGCUUUAUUGGAACCGAUGAUUCCGCAAUUGAUGUUCCACGAGUCCGCCCACCUGUUAAAGGUUGAUCUGGUUUUGCAAUUUGUCCAGCCGCACCGGAGAUGGGUAUUCCUGUUUGGAUGGGCAGGAAGGACAGCAUACUCUUCCACGGGACUGUUUGCUGGUCUGGUCGAUGGGUUCAUUAAUCCGGGGACAGCGAACCUAUUCGACGGAACAUUUUCUUGCUGUGUGCCAGCUUGUUUCCAGCAUCCCAUGGGUACUGGCACGGACGUUCAAGGAAGCCCGGAACAUUCGGACACCUUAAGUCGAUGUGUGUCUGGACCUGAUGAUGCGGGGGAGCUAGAAUCUGGAGCGCGGAGGUUUCUCUGUGGCUUGCGUCUUCCGUCGUCGCCCGUUGCACCUGCAGUGGCUCAAGGAGCCAUGCAUUCCUUGAUUAAACUUCGACCUCACCCGUUGCAGUGCCUCGUACUCGUGGGCCCAAAGAAUACCCCCAACACCAUCUUACAGGGUACGAACCUUCACAUGUCAAGCCUAUCCACGACCAGGUACAGGGUGAGGGGAAUAGCAGACUCAAUAUCAGAUGAACAAGCAGGGAUUCGUUUCCGGCCCUAUACACUUCGAGCGUGGAAGAUAGGCCUGAAUAUAAGGGAGACGCUACCGCUGCACCGGCCAGCCUUUGCUUAUGUCACACCCUCUUAUGGUAUUGACCCCUACUCCUCCUCUUCCUCCCCCUCAUCAUUUUCAUCUGAUCAGCAAAAAGCCCCUUCUGCUUCCUCGUAUCAUACUGCACCUCCCCUUCAUAGAUCCAAUACGCGGGAGGCUCCUGACCCAGACUUCCCGCCGAUUACCACAAUGUUCGAUGUGGUCAAUGGCCGCCGUAUAGCUAUCCAAAAUACCCAGGUUUCCCGAUUGAAUUGCCCGAGCCAUGCGGUGCCACAGGAAGGCACAAUGUCUCACAUGGUACCAAUGAUCAACGUAGACGUAUUCCCAGUCACCGUUGGGGACGAACUUGGCAGUCUGCGCGGCUUUGGGGGAAGUCGCAAAACGGAGAGAUCAAAGACGGAGUCGACGAGCAAAGAUAACACUGAGUUUGGGCCUAGAGGUGGAUCUGCUGGUUACGGUGGGUACGGUGGUGGACUUGGUGGGUACUAG